CCUUGAGCUGCCAGGAGCCUGUAGAAGAUGAAGGCAUCUGUGGUCCUCUCCCUCAUUGGUUACCUGGUGGUUCCAAGCAGCGCUUCUGUCUUGGGGCGUUGCACAGUGGCUAAGAUGCUCCACCAAGGAGGCCUGGAUUAUUAUGAGGGCUACAGUCUUGAAAACUGGGUGUGCCUGGCUUAUUUUGAGAGCAAGUUCAAUCCCACGGCUGUUUAUGAGAAUAGUGGCUACACUGGCUUUGGCCUCUUUCAGAUCCGCGACACGGAGUGGUGUGGCCACGGCAAGAAACGCUGCCACGUGUCAUGCUCUGCUUUACUGAAUCCGAAUUUAAAGGAGACAAUUAAAUGUGUCAAGGAAAUUGUAAAAGGAAAAGACGGGAUGGGAGCAUGGCCCACUUGGUCCAAGAACUGCCGGCUCUCUGACUCUCUGCCGCGUUGGCUGGAUGGUUGCGAGCUGUAGCUAACCGAGUAGCUUCCACCACACUCACCAGUUGUAUCUUGUGAAUGAAGAUGCUUUUCUGCUUGCUGCUUCACUUGAUUCUGUUAAUUACCUCAUUGCUCGAUAGGUCCAGAUGGGAAAGCACAAAGGUUUGCUUCAUCCAAGGAUAUAGGA